GUCCUCUUCGUCCUCGUCAUCUAGUGGAAGCUCCAGAGGCUCGACGCCUGAGCCGGCUCAGAAACGCAAGCGCGAAGAUGAGCAGGAUGAGCAGGACUCGGAUGCUGAGAGCUCGGACUCCGAAUCUGAAUCUGAAGCUGGAGCCGACACCGACGCCGCACCCACACCUGCGGCCGAAUCCGACGAUCCUGUCCUCUCGCACGCGGAGAAACGUCGCCAGAAGAAACGUGAAAAACAAGAGAAAGCAGAUGCCAAGGUCUCCAAGAAACGGAAGCUAGACAAUGGGUCCAGUGCGACAGACAAAUCGAAGCGCCAGAACUCGGUCUGGGUCGGGAACAUGUCGUUCAAGACGACUCCGGAGGCGUUGAAGGAAUUCUUCAAGGACGCAGGAGAGGUGACGAGGGUACAUAUGCCGACUAAGCCGAGCAGAACACCUGGGAUGCGGCCUGAAAAUCGAGGAUUUGCCUACGUUGAUUUCGCGACGCAAGAAGCAAAGGUCAAUGCCGUGCUCAUGUCGGAGAACAAUCUUUUGGGCCGCAAACUACUGAUCAAGGAUGGAAGCGAUUUCACCGGGAGACCCAGUGCUCCAGCUGCAGCCACCGAGGACGCGAGUGGAACCACGCACUCGAAAACGGCACAGAAGAUCCUAAGGAUACAAAAGCAGCCCGCUGCUCCGACGCUGUUCCUCGGAAACCUGGCGUUCCAGACAACCGAAGAAGACAUCCGACAGCUUUUCAAUGCUCACCGACCCAAGAAGGCGAAGGGAGAUCCGGAGGAGAAGCCUGAGGAAUGGAUACGUAAGAUUCGUAUGGGGACGUUCGAGGACACGGGGAAAUGCAAAGGGUUCGCGUUCAUCGACUUCACCACCACGGAGCACGCCACGUCUGGCCUGACGAACCCGAAGAACCACUCCCUGAACGGGCGGCAACUCGUGGUCGAGUACGCCUCGGCCGACGCGGUGCGCCGAGGCGCGGUGAAGACACACCUCAAGGACAAAGAGGGUGCUGUCGGAGGAGGAGUAGGUCCCCGCAAGAGAUUCGAGCGGGAUGCCCAGCCGCGCGUGCCGCGGCAGAAGUCGGAAUGGCAUUCGCACCCCAAGGCAGAGACCGAUGCAGCGACUGAGGAUGUGACGAUGGACGGCAAUACGCCUUCUGCGGAGCCUGCAGCGGGACGUCCACAGCGGCCGCAGAAAGGCCCCAAGCACCGGCCGAAGCCGGGAGCUGCGCUUGCGCUUGCCAAACGCGAGUCUGCCGCCAUCAUGCCUAGCCAGGGCAAAAAAGUCGUCUUUUGAGGCGACAUCCCAGGAGCGUGCCGUGCUGUACAUAGCAUGUUGUGUUCUGAAAUUACUGUACCGGGACUUUCAAUGGGAAUGAGCGAGAAUGUGGUGCUGAUAGUCACACUCGGCCGCUCGAAUUGUCUCGAA